AGAGUCUUUUUUUUUUUUUUGUUUGAUCUGCCUUAUAUCAUUCGGCCUGGUGCUCUUUUUUUGUUUUGGCGUUCCUUCUUAAUUUUUAUUUUUUUUAUUCACGGGUGGAUUGAUUUUCCAGGAGAGAUUGAGGGUCGCUCGUUUGUUUGUUCGUUCAUUCAUUCAUUUUUCUCCUCCCUCUCGCUCCUCUUCGACGGCAGGUUCUCGGGCAGCAAGGAAGCUAUCAAACAAACACUCCCUCGACAAACAUUCCUUCGAAUCAACCCUCACUCUUUUUUAAGGUUUGGAAUCUGGAUCAAAAAAUUUUCUGCUUGCCCGGGUGGUAAAGUACAGGGGAAAAAAAUUACCUUCGUUUUCGGCUCAAAAAACCUCGAUUUGAAGGAGAGAAGAACCGUAGAUAAAAGACAGAACAAGAAGCAAAAAGUACUCGGAAGAUGCGUUUCUCGAUUCUCCCCACCUUAUUGAUCGUCACCAGUGUUUCCGCCGUGUCACUGUCCGAUAUCUCCCCUCUGCCGUCGAACUCGGUAACACCGGGUUGUGAAUCGGCCUACGGCGAGCCAAUGCCCGCAUGUCCAUCCGACCUCCGCGCAUCGAAGCAAUGCAGCGCUGGAUGCUCCGCAGCACUCGACGAAACAGCAAAGAAAGUGAUUGUCGCUUGCCGACAAGCCUUCAUCGGCCCUGACACCCUCUUGAGACGAGUUCUCGAUGGAGGCAUUCAGAAGACCUUGUGCGGGGCCGCCGUCUCCACACCCGUCUACGUUGCUUCCUCGACCGGCAGCGACUCUGUCCCCGGAGCGAAGACAACUACCACCACCGCUUCGCCGACAAGCACGUCAACCUCAGCGUCAACUCUGACCAAAAGUACCGUGCCAACCCGAGCGCCUAGCUUCUCCGGAUCAAUGACCCUCUCGAUCGAGCGUCCGACCGGGAGCUCCAGCCUCGCGGGCUUGCUAACGCUGGAUAACUCACCAGCGCCCACGGGUUCCUUCGAAACCGCCGACUCCUCAUUCACGCGAAUUUUCUACAAUCCCAACUCCACCUCCACUGCCGAAUCCGCCUCGAUCGCCGCUGCCAGCACCACCUCCAACGGCAUGAGCGGAAACGGAAGCCCCUUCACUAGCGGCGAAAUAAAUUCCGCUCCUCCAUCCUCCAUCAAUGCCCAGAAGGGCGCUUGGGUGGUUUUCGCCCUCCUGGCUGCAUUCCUUUGUUUGUAGGUGGUCCAAUUCGACUCAGCCACAACAUGCAUGCAUGCAUGACCGGUGUUUCUCUUACCACCAUAUUACCCUUUUACUUUUUUUAUACUUUUCUUUUCUUCCAACAAGCAUUGUUAAGCCCUUCUUCCUUCCAUUUUACAUACAUAUAUAUUUAGUUUAGCUGGUAUCGGUGAACACGAACCCUAGUAUGGGAGGGGGUUGUGAUGGGGAUAAGAAACUGGGCUUUGAAUAUAGUGGUUUUAAAACCGUUCCCCCGUCAUUUGGGGUGGAGAGAUUUGUAUGAUACUGUAGAUCUUGUCGAAUAGAGAUUAAGGGAUGAGGGAUGAGCUCGGCUCCAUGUCACGUAUGUAUGAUACCGAGGUUUGUUCGGUGAAAGAGUUUGUUUUUUGCUGUUCUGGAGUGGAAGGUGGUGGGUUUUGUAUAGCUGGUUGAUUGUUUGGGUAGAGAGGGAUUGAAGGUGAAACUAUGGUCAGCCCCUGAUAUCAAACCUGGAUGGUGGAUUGUUAUUAUCAUAGGAGACCAGCGCACCGCACUGUGCCUGUCAUAAACACCGCGAGAGUUUCGCGAGCAUUCUACAGUACUCUAGAAUCUGCGUAUCAUAACACCUUUCUUCUUUCUACC